CGCCAGCUCACGUUUCAAAAACUUCAAGAGUUUGUUGAGGCUAACGAAAAGGAAAAUAAUGACGGAAAAAAAUAAUAUUUUCAUCAGAAAGCAAUAUUUUGGGUAUGGAGUUACUAAUUAGAAACUUGGGCAAUGAAGCAUAUUGCAAUCAAAUAAUUUUUCCACUCACCACAUCUGCUAAUACUUCCAAAAAGACCCUUCCCCCAAAUAUUAUAAUACCUGGAUUGGAAGGUACAGCUGGACGCGCCUGGUACCAAAUAGGAUCAACUUUGCAAAGUACGGCCAUUGUUUUACAGCUCCAUCAACUAGCACAUCUGGAAACAGUUCUCGAUAUAGCUCAACAAAGCUUUGAACAUAUAAGACCAAUUUUAAAACAAACUGAACCGUUUUAUAUAAUUGGAUACUCGUUUGGAACCCUCGUAGCUCUUCAACUAGCCGGGAUGCUUGAAAAUGCAGGAUUUCGUGGCCACAUAAUGUUGCUUGAUGGAGCACCUCAUUUUUUGAAACGACUUACUAAUCUUCAGUUGGGAUCCACUUUUUCAGAUAAUGACCUCUACGACCUUCUUUUUUCUAGUAUUGUAAAUCAGAUAUUUCCCGAAGAAACUAAAGAAUCGGUAGCCGAAGCAUUCACAAAUCUAGGAAACAUUUCAGAUAAGAUGUCUUUAUUUAUGCAAUAUGUUGAUAAGCAGAAUGUAUACAGCAAAGAAUAUUCUGCAACUAUGAUAAAUGCCAUGUUUAGAAGAGUAAAAAUGACUUAUUCUCUUGAUUUAGACAGUAUAAGAAACUUAAGGUCCCCGAUUACUCUAGUCCGUCCAGCUGAAGUUUCACUUCAAGAUAUAGAAGAAGACUAUUGUGUUUCGACAAUAACAUCUGGUAAAGUUGCUCUAAAAGUAAUCGAGGGCAAUCAUACGACUAUGUUGGACAAUCCAAUAUUGAGUCAAAUAAUAAAUGACUUUGACCCGACACUAUUAGAUGACAAAAAUUUUGAAGAAUAUAUUAAAAAUGACAAGCCUGUUUCUGUAGUAUAAAUACUUUACUACAUUAAUAUUAUAUAUUAUGUAAAAGACAAUUUGUGACUAAAAGUUGUUAAAUUAAUUAGUUCUUAAUAUAUAUACAAAUUA